AUGUCUUUACCCUCUCGUUCAUCUUCACCCAGCAGGUCGAUUGCUGAAAUCGCAGCCAGCGUCUCUGAUCUUGGUGAUCGAUCCAAGGUCACGCCCCAGCAAGUGAUUGACAAGUUCUGGAAACAAUUUACUACAAAGAAGCCAGGAAAGGCCACAACUGUGAUCCCCUCAAACACAUACACUGAGUUUGCGGCCAAGAGAGGUAACCAAGUCACUACUACAACCACAGAAGCUUCAUAUGAAGACGCCGCUGCGACAUGCCGCGCAAAGGUUGAAAAGAUCGUCAAAGAGUGCCGUCGCAUCAACAAGAAGUAUCGCGACCCUCACUUUGACAUUGAAGUUGAUCUCAAGCUCAACUGCAACGACUGUCUUUACUCCCUAUCCAAUGUAGAGGGCUACCAGCCUGGUUUAGACCUUACGCCUCAGAGUGUAAAGCGUGUUGGUGACAUAUUUGACAAGCCUCGCUUCUACAUUGACGGCGCAACUGCCAAUGAUGUUAGACAGGGGCGUGACGGAGACUGCUGGCUCAUGGCUGCUUUGUGCACGCUUAGUGAAAAGGCUGGCCUGAUCGAGAAGCUCUGCGUUGCUCAUGAUCAGGAUGUGGGUGUCUACGGGUUUGUCUUUUACCGUGAUGGCGCGUGGAUUUCCGAGAUUGUUGACGAUUUCCUUUAUCUUAUCAAGUCUGAUUAUGAUGAGGGCUGCUUCGAUAGAAUUCUCUUCGAUGACAUCGAGCGUGUCGAUGCAGAUGAAGCCUAUCGUCGUAUCUUUCAAUCCAACAGCAGCGCCCUUUACUUUGCCCAGUGCCAGCACCCUCAAGAGACCUGGCUGCCCCUCCUCGAGAAGGCGUAUGCCAAGGCGCACGGAGACUAUGGUGCCAUUGAGGGCGGAUUUGGAGGCGAGGGCAUCGAGGAUCUUACUGGAGGUGUGACAUCUGAGCUACUCACCUCUGAUAUCCUCGACAAGGAAUACUUCUGGACAGAGGAACUUAUGAAAGUCAACAAGGAAUUCCUCUUCGGCUGUAAUACCGGUAUCUGGGGCCGUGGCUGGGGUGAGCGCAAGGGUAUUGUCGAACUUCACGCCUAUUCUAUCCAGAAGGCGGUGGAGAUCGAUGGCAAGCGUUUGUUGAAGCUCAAGAAUCCCUGGGGUAAGGGUGAAUGGACUGGCCCUUGGAGCGAUGGCUCUAAGGAGUGGACGGCCGAGUGGCUUCAGAAGCUCGACCAUCGCUUCGGAGACGAUGGAGAUUUCUGGAUCUUGUAUGAAGACCUUCUUAAGAAGUAUCAGGCCUUCGAGAGAACCCGUCUCUUCACAUCAGACUGGCGAGUCAGCCAGCUGUGGACUACACUGGCUGUCCCUUGGGCUCUGGACUACCACGACACGCACUUCUCAUUCACCCUUUCCAAGACUGGUCCCAUUGUUCUUGUUCUUGCUCAGCUCGACGACCGCUACUUUCGAGGACUUGAGGGCCAGUACAGGUUUGAGUUGGGAUUCCGUCUUCACAAGGCUGGCCACUCGGAUUAUGUUGUGCGAAGCCAGACGCCUUACCGAAUGACUCGCUCCGUCAACGUUGAGCUUGAGCUUGAGGCUGGCGACUACGAGGUCCGUGUCAAGAUCAACGCCACACGUAAUCAAGACAUCUUGCCUAUUGAGAAGGUCAUCAAGGACAACGCAAAGACGCGUCGCGAGAAGCUCUUGCGAAUUGGCCUUGCGUACGAUCUAGGUCACUGCAAGGGGCGAUUUGUCGAGACUCCCGAGGAGAGGGUUGCACGUAAGGAGCAAGAGGACAAACUCAAGCAGAAGAAGAAGGAUAAGAUCAGGACAAAGCUCAUCAAGGAGCGCGAAGAGGAGCAUUAUCUGGCCACCCAGCAAUUCCAGAGGAGUGAACACAGGCGACUUAAGAACAAGGAGAAGCUGGCGCUGAAGACGGCUGCGCACAAGGCAAAGCUUGAGGCUCGUAAAGCUGAGAAGGCAGCUAUCAAGGCCGAAAAGACUGCGCAGAAAGCGCUGGCUAGGGCAGAGGCGGAGGCCAAGGCCAAGGCAGAAGUUGAGGCAGAGCUUGAGGCAGUGAAGGCUCGGAAGGAGGAGGAGCCGGUUGUUAAGACAGAGGAGAGUGAAGUUACGAAGAACGAGAGUGCUGAUGAGAGCAAGGAGAAGGUUGAGUCCAAGCCGGAGGAGCCUAUGACUCCGGAGUCUACCGCUGAUGAAGACCAUGAGGAGAAGGCUGAAGAGGAGAAAGCUGAAGGAAAGGAUGCCACCAAGGCUGAGGAAUCAGUUGCGGGAGACAACGAGGAAACUGGGAAGGCUGAAGACUCCUCCUCCGAGGAAGAGGACGAGACGGAAGUGAGUGAAGACGAAUAUGUCGAGAGCGUCGGUUCUCUCGCCGAACUGGCCGACCGGGAGAUCUGGAUCCACGUCGACAAAUUCCCCGGCACCGUGUCCGACUCGGAAGAGGAUUCCUCGUCGGACUCAGAGGCCGCGUCGGAAGCGGAGAAGGACCCCUGGAACGCCGUCGUGGUCGCGGGCAUCCGCAUCUUCCACACGGGGCUGGGAGAGGGCGAAGACGACAGCGACAUCAACCUCAAGGCGAUCCGGCCAAUCCCGUUCGGCAAAGACGAUGACGAGAUGGACCCGGAGAACAAGUGCAGCACAAAGGUCCUCGACGUGGAUGACAGCGCCAAGGAUGCUACGCUCGUGGGGGAUGCGCAGCAGAAGAUUCGGUUCAUUAAGGGGGAUGGUGCGAGGAGACGAACUGCUACGUCUAUCUUUUAG